UCCUAUGAAAUGUACACACUGUGAACAGACAUUAGUUGGACAAUUCUUCCAUUUUGAUGAUUGAUUGUGUAUUUGAUGGUUCUGCGAUUGCUUUAAGAUUAUCGUAGCACCUUCUUGCUCCUCGUGCGUAAAUAUGGUUUUUUGCCUGCAACUACACAAAAGCAAAUGAUAGGUGAAACCAUAGAUAGUAAACCAGUUAAAAAUGGAAAACUACUCGAUCCUUUGCGUAGUUUUAUGCUGUAUAGACAUUUCUUAGGAGGAAGUUUAAUGAUUAUAGUCUACCAUCUCUCAUUUAAUUCUGCUCAAACAUUAGAAGAAACUGUUGUAUUGAAGGAUUUAGAGGAAAAAUUGGAGACGCAAAAAUUUAAAGAAAUCUUUGAUAAGCCACUAGAAAAUACAAUUGAACUCCAAUGGGACCAUGGGAAGUAUAUAGUCAAGGCGGGGGAUAAGGUAGACAUAGAAAAAGUGUACGAGAAGCCAACAAGUGUCAUUUGGGAUGCAGACCUAGAUUAUUACUACACACUCGUGCUUUAUGACUACGAUGCUCCAUUGAGAGUUCACCCACACUUGCGUAGCUUCGUCCAUUGGAUGAUCGGGAAUAUUCCAGAAAAAAACUUGACAGCAGGAACGACUUUUUACGAUUAUUACGGUCUCAAACUUUUCGAAAAAGGAGGUAGGUGAUUUUACAGCAAA